GUCAUGAUCAACACGUCUUAUGCCCCGACUGCACAUGGGACACUCCUGCGUGUUUCAUUACAGGACCAUGUUCCUCCACAAGAUAGAGUUAACCAAAAUUAGUUAGCAAAAUCUAGGCACGCGUACUGUAGUUGAAUGUAGGAGGCAUCGAAAAGUUAGUGUUAUGCAUGUAUUGAGCGUAAACGGCCGGAUUUCGACAGAUUUUGAAGUUGGAAAUAUCACUGAAGCCCCAAAAGUUCACCUUUGGCUUUCAAGAGAGCCAGGAGGUGGUGAUAGAUGUAUUUUUGUAUUUGCAGAUUGGCAAGUCGGCAUGGCAGCUCAUCAAGAUGACGAUACAGCCGAGAAAAUGUUGGACCACGGUGACAGGAGUGAGCAGGACGAUAACUGGACUGGGUCUGAAAGUGACAGAUGCAGCAUGGAGUCCGAGAAGGGGCCAUUCUUUUGUGAAGUUUGCAACGUAACCCUGAAGACACUGGCUACCUUCAAGUACCAUGAAUCAAAGACCCAUACAGGCAUCAGACCCUUUGUGUGUGACGUUUGCCAGAAGGCAUUCAAGACUGCGGGUGUCUUAAAGGACCAUAUAAGAAUCCACACUGGAGAGAAACCAUUCAAGUGUGGCAUUUGCUGUAAAAGGUUUAGAUUUUCAUCUGUGCUUCGAGUUCAUCGCAUGGAACAUGACAACAUCAAACCGUUUGCAUGCAGAUUUUGCCACAAGGCUUUUAGAUCGUCAUCACAUUGUCUGGACCAUGAGAGAACUCAUACGGGGGAGAAACCGUUUCUCUGUUCCACAUGCGGCAAAGCUUUUAAAACUAAGACCCACUUGAGGGAACACUGUAAAAUCCACAACAAACUGAAGCAUAACAGCCAAGAGCAGAGUUUAUCAUAUCUCCCUGAGCAGCAACCAGAGAGAAGUGCAACAAGAAGUAUUGUGGUCACGACCAAAACCAGCACAAAGGUUGCCAACGUGCCCAUGUGUCAACACAAAUCCAAACGCCGGGUUUGCAAAUUUUGCAGCAAGCGCUUUAAGACAUUUAGCUACCUUAGACGACACGAGAGUACCCACAAAGGAGAGAGACCGUAUAUUUGUAUCACUUGUGAUAAAACCUUUCAGACAAAACGUAACUUGAAGGGCCACAGGAAGAUUCAUACCAGGAGUAGACCAUCGCCUUGUAGUUCAUGUACAUGUGAUGAGAGGUCUAGAUCUCCAGUAAUGCUUCAGGUACACGAGAUGGAUCAUGACUAUAUUGGAAAAUCAGUGUGCAAAGUUUGCAACAAGAGCUUCUCAAAUUCUAGUCACAUAGCACAGAGAAGAAACACUCAAAGUCACAACCCCCGGUCUAAGGCUAGUCCAUUCCUUUGUGAAAUUUGCAACAGGGUCUUCAUCGCUGCCUACCAACUUCAGAUGCACCUGGUUACCCAUUCAGUUGAGAGGCCGUUUGCCUGUGACGUGUGCAACAAAACUUUCAAGAUGCAAAGUGGCCUGACAUCCCACAAGAGAAUGCAUAUUGUGUGUAAGAGGGUGAAGACGAAUGUUCGUGUUAAGAAAAAAACAUUCAAAUGUGCAGUAUGCAAGGAAGCCUUCACCAGCCCAGGGCAGCUGCAAGAACACCAGCGAGUUGACACUGGGGAAGAAAGAUACCCCUGUGGCAUUUGUGACAAAAUGUUUUCAAAACGAGGUGCCCGGGAAAUUCACCACAUGCUGCACAGAAAAGGUAAAGCAGGCCCCAGUGACAACAAAGCUGAGCUUCAGAAAGUGAGGAACUGCAGAGUCCAGUCCAGAAACACAGUGUACAUGGGGGAUGUUUGUGACAAAUCUUUUGAGUGUCCUGACACAAGACAAGAACACCGGAACGCCCAUAAUCCCAAGAGGCCAUUUGUUUGUGAGUUUUGUGACAAAAGUUUCACGACAAAGGGCAACUUGCAGACUCAUGUACGAAUUCACUCAGGGGAAAAACCUUUCAAAUGUGAUGUUUGUGACUGCAGCUUUUCAUUUUAUGAUCAUCUUAAGAGGCACAAGGCAGGGCACAACAGUGUCAAACCAUUUGUUUGCAAAUUCUGCGCCAAGGGUUUUUACCGUUCAUGGGCACUAAAAGCUCACAAGAGAACCCACACAGGGGAGAGGCCAUUGUUGUUGGACGUUGGUGGCACAUAGCAGGAGCCACACGGGGGAAAAACCAUAUGUUUGUCCCAAUUGUGGCAAAGGCUGUGCACAUAUUCACAAUUUAAGAAAUCACAUGCUUAAAU